AGUUUGAAUAUUCCGCUGGGAUUUGGUAUGAUGAUUGGAAAGAAAUGCAUGAAAUUUAUUUUAAAUUACAUCAACAAUCUUUGGAAAAUAAUCUUCAAUUAGAUAGUAUUAAAAAAUUUAUUAGGAAAUUGAUUAAAUUAUCAACUAAAGAAUUUGAAAGAGUAAAAAGAAAAAAUACAAAAUAUCGAAACCUUGAAUAUAAAGUUCUUAAAACUGGAGGGAUAUUCUUUACCUGACAAUAUCGAUACCCUUUUAAUCGGAUACUUAUAUUUAAUCCAACGUAUUCUUGAAGAAUUCUUCCUUCAGAAAAAAGGAUAUAUUAAAAAAAUAACUCCUUUUUGUGAUGAUAUAAUUAAUACUCACGUGAAAAAGCAAUUAACUUU